AUGGCUGCUCCCAUGACCAUCACCAUACAGAACCUCAAUGGAACUUGGACUCUGGACAAGGGCCUGUCGAAUGAAACGGAUCCAAUGCUGAAGCUGCUAGGAGUCCCAUGGGUACUUCGCAAGGCAUUUUCAGCAGUAACGCUGCACGUCCAUAUUUCGGAGUAUACUACAACAGACCCCAUGACCAGGAAAGCCUUGGUAAACAUCGAAUUUGUUCAAAGCGCAAUAGGCGGAGGCCUCGCAGGGACGACUGAAAAGCGAACGCUGAAUUGGCAAAUGAAUCAUCACAAGGACUACAUUUUUGGUGCUGUUCAAGGCUGGAGUCGCUUUAUUGGUUGCUCUACAGAUAUUGACGGCAGCAUACUGCCAGAUCUCGACUUGCAAACCAACGUCGAGAAUAAUGCGAGUGUAGCGCGAUUCCUUCAAGCAAAAACUGACCCGGAUGGGACCAUUGCUGGCGGGUUUCUCGUGGAAGAGCCCGAAGCUUCCCAUUUUGGAAACGGUUUGGGUCUUUGGUUGCACACUUUUGAGCGUAGUGUGAAUUCGGGCUGGACAUUGGAGCAGGUCUGGGGUUUUGAGCUGAUCGGUGGCCAACGUUACUUUACCCGUCGGAUGGUCAUUGUCAACUCCGCGGGACAAUACGAAAUGGGUUUCUCAUCCGGUAUCAUUACUUGUAGUCGCAGCUUUACAAGAAGCUAUGUAAAGCUCUUGUCUUUGACCUGUAACCUCACAGCGAUUAUGACAGGUACUACAGUUGUUGCUUUUGAUCUUUACGGUACACUGCUCUCGACCGAGUCGAUUGUCAAGCAGCUGGAGAAGCACUUCAGCCAUGCCAAGGCGCAGUCGAUCUCCGCUCUUUGGAGACGAUAUCAACUGGAGUAUACAUGGCGGCUGAACAGCAUGGAUCGAUAUGAAGACUUCUCAAUCGUCACAUUUAACUCCCUGCAGCAUGCACUGGCCGAUAAUGGGGAGCAGCUGAGCGAUGACGAUAUCGAACAACUGAUGGCAGCUUACGAUAGUCUCUCCACAUUCACCGACGUGACCCCGACCCUGACUAAAGUAGCAGCAGACCCAUCCCUCGAGGCCGUGAUCUUCUCCAAUGGCACCAAGAUCAUGGUAUCUAACUCGGUGCUCCGGUCGAAGGACCUCUCGCCUCACGCGAGCGCGUUCAAAGAUCUGGUCACAGUGGAUGAGAUCCAGCGCUACAAACCAUCGCGGGCAACCUACCAGCACCUAGCAACUCAAAUGGGCAAAGCCCCAACCCAGAUGAGCAAGAUAUGGCUGAUCAGCGGUAACCCAUUCGACAUCGUCGGGGCGCGCAGUACGGGCAUGCAAGCUAUCUGGGUUGAUCGCGCCAACACUGGAUGGAAUGACGCCGCAGCUCCUGAUCUACGACCAACGGCGAUUGUACACAAUCUGGAGCAUAUUGUGGAAGAAAUCCGGGCUCGGAUUUAA